UCAGCAUCAUGAGCACAACAAGACUAGCCAUGGAAGCUAUCAAAGCAGCCAAGAGUGCUCUCCGAAAGGAAAUCGCCAGUAUAAUUUCGGAGUUGAGUCCAGCAGAGAAAAAGAGACAAUCUGCUGCUGUUUUCCAGCAGCUGACAAGACUCCCAGAGUACGAGAACAGCAGGCGAAUCUCGUUGUAUCUGAGCACUGAUGAUGAGAUUGACACUGUCAAAAUCCUCGAGGAUAUUUUCGAGAGGGGGAAGGAGGUGUUUGUUCCGAGGUAUCCGGGAGGUGCUAUGAGCAUGGUGAGGCUGAGGGACAUGGAGGAUUAUGAGAGUUUACCACUGACUAAAUGGAAUAUCAAGCAACCUGCCAAGGGAGACGUCAGGGAGGAUGCCUUGGAGACUGGAGGACUCGAUCUGGUCAUUCUACCUGGGGUUGCUUUCACUAGAUCAGGUCAUCGACUGGGCCACGGCAUGGGCUACUACGACAAGUUCCUCUGGAAAUGCUUCGAGACUCAGGCGAAAAAACCUCAUUUAGUUGCAAUUGCCUUCAACGAACAAAUUAGAGAAGCAAUUCCAACGAACGAAAAAGAUAUAAUUCUCGACUUAAUUAUCACCGAGAAAAAAUGAGUUUAAACUUGUCUGGAGAAAGGAACUCGAGGAAGAAAUCUCAAUUUUUGUACCUCGAGUUGAAAAACUUACACUUUUGUAUCAAUAAAUAAUGUUUUUUUUUUCGUAAAUCCACUCACCAC